UGUCUUCUGAUGUGCAUUUUCACGUUCCCAUGGUUUCUCUCUUCUUCAUAAACGGAACCUCCCUCUCAUGAAAUCGCCAUUCAUUACAAAACACAGUUUUUUGUUUUCUGAAACUCUUCAAAAGCUUCUCCUUUUCUUCAACAAGUGCAAGGCAAUAAUGGCAAAGGUUAUAGUGAUGAAGGUGCACAUGAGGUGCGAGAGAUGCAGGACCCUGGCUCUCAAGACUGCGGCAAAAGCAUACGGAGUGACGUCAGUGCGUUUGGCGGGAGAAGAUCGGGAGAGAGUGAUAGUGGAAGGGGACAGAGUGGACGCUGUGGAUGUCGCCAAGUCCCUGAGGAAGAAUGUUGGAUUCACUCAGAUCCUCUCUGUUUACGAUCUCUAAGAUCUCUCUCAUCUGAUGUUUUAUCAUUACAGUUGUUGUUUCAGAGAUUCUUAAGAUGUUUUUUCAGUA